UUUUUUAUUUUUUUUAAUAUAUAUGGUAUUAGCUCUUCGUCGACCCCAGAAACUGUAAAAAAUGCGAAAGUGGCAUUAAUUGAGGGGUUAGGGUUUGAAUUGCUGAAUCUGCCUGCCAGAAAUCGCAAACCCACAAAAUGCGGCGGAAUUGGAAUUGUUGCCACAUAUCAUUAGCAUUUGUUCUGAAAUUCUUGAAUUUCCUUCAAGCAUUCAUAGGGGUCUCCAUCAUACUCUACUCCGUAUGGAUGCUGGAUCAGUGGGAAAACCACAUACCCAUUUCCCCACCACCUUCCGCUCCUUCCCCUGAUUCUUCCUCUCUGUCCCUCUUUUUCCACUCUGAAUCCGCUGCUGUUUCCGAUCAGAUCACCGUCGAUUUGGUUUCUGGAUUCGAUGGCACUCUCGGCCUUACCCUCCUUUCCUUCAAGCUUCCGGCUCCUUGGUUCAUCUACUCUUUCAUGGGGGUGGGCAUUUUGUUGUGUUGCGUUACUUUCAUAGGUUGCAUUGCAGCUGAAGCAAUUAAUGGUUGCUGUCUCUGUUUCUAUACUCUGCUGAUGACUGUAAUCAUUAUAUUAGAAGCAGCUUUGGUGGCAUUCAUUGCAAUUGAUCAUCGUUGGGAAAAGGAUCUUCCCUUUGACCCAACUGGUGAACUUCAGAGUCUUCGAUCCUUCAUUGAAGCCAACGUUGACAUUUGUAAGUGGGUUGGUAUCACCGUCCUUGUAAUACAGGCAUUAUCACUUCUGUUAGCAAUUGUUCUGAGGGGCAUGGUUUCUACUAGGAGAGUUGACUACAAUGGUGAAGAUGAUUACGAUGGUAGGGCUGCAACUAGGGAGCCAUUGCUUAACCCACAAUCAAGCCAAGCAUCUGGAUCAACCAAGGUUGAUGGCAGGGGGACUCACUCUGACGUUUGGAGCACACGGAUAAGAGAUAAGGUAUUUUGUUCAGAAGAGUUGUCGGAGGCUAAUAAAUAUGGAUUAAACUCCGCUGAAAGAUACGGUUCUCUGGAUCAGAAUGCCUCAAAAAGUAUGAAAUCCAACCAGUGAAGGCAAUCACAGUGUAUGUGUCGUCGUUCUUUAAUCUCUAGUUUCAGAUUGUUAUUUGUUCAGCUCCUGCAGUUAUGGAGUCGUAUGUGCAUAGAGAGUGUUUUGACUAAGUUGUCAAUGUAAACAAAUGAGAUGGUCCUGUAAGAUGUGUCAUUAAUUGUUAAAGGAGAAAGCUUGUGACCAAUAAUACAUUGUACUAAUUAUGAUUCAAAGGAAUUCAUGAGUGAUUCGUCUUUA